AUGCUAGAAGUGGAUGGUACAGCCUCAAUAAAUGAGCUACAUUUUGCGUAUGAACCCUUCUGGGUUCAACUCCACAACCUGCCACUAGCCACCAUGACAGAAGAACUUGGAGAACAGUUCGCGGAAUCCAUUGGAAACGUAAUACGAGUGGACACUGAAGCAGAUGGACGUGCAUGGGGGAGAACCUUAAGAGUAAGGGUAGCGGUAGACAUUCAUAAACCUCUCCUACGAGGGAAAUGGAUCAAGUUUAGAGAGAAGAAGCACUGGAUUUCAUUUAAGUAUGAAAGGCUGCAGAAUUUCUGUUUCCAGUGUGGGGUACUUUUUCACAAAGGCAAAGAUUGCACCAGACUGCGGCCUGAGCAUCGAGGUGAGGAGGAAGCUCCAACACAGUUCGGGCCCUGGCUCCGUGGGCAGCCGAGGAACAUAAACUUCUUUGAUAGCCGACAACAGGGAAGUUUACCAGCGGAAAAGAAGGAAAAGGACCUUCGAGCCUGCAGCACACAACAGUUAAAUGAAGGAAGCUUGGAUAAAGGUAACUAUGUUGGACCUUUCCUAGAUGUCCCUAAAUCAGUUCAGGUCAAAAGUGAACUUUUAGAUCACAAUGAGCAAGAAGAAGGUGAAUAUAGGACUCAUGGUACGGCUAGUUUGAAGAACAAGGCUAAGAAAUGGAAAAGAAUUGCAAGACAAGGAGGUUCAUACAAUGAAGUGAAUGCAGCAGAACUGUUGGCCGAUAUCUCAAACCAGGCUUCGAGAACUAGCUAUAAGAGGGGGUGUAAGAGGAAGGUGAAUGAGAAUGUCCCUGGGGAAAAAAGAACUAAGAGAAUUGAGGAUAACAAGGAAAACCACGAUGCAAUGGCAGAGGUUGGUAUCCAGCCCUGCCUGCCCCAAUGA